CUCCGCAACCACCAGCGACCGCGACGAACGAGCCUCGGAUACACAUACCUACCUGCCUCACUUUUCUAGAGCUUAGAGCACGCCUAACCAGCGAUCGCAUUGAAUUGACCAACCUUGUAUAGGUCGACCGGUGACGAGUCGAGUCGCCAACGGACUGGCCGACCAUGGCCGACCGCAAUCCCGAAUUGCAGGAAAAGCUUGGCGAGCUGGACCGGGAGCUUGAGGAAGGGGAUAUCACAGCCAAGGGAUACCAGAAACGACGGACACAGUUAUUAUCCCAGUAUCUUGGCCCCGGCGCCUUCGUCCCCCCAGAAGCUCGCGGGCCCCUCCGCAUACAUUCGCCAGAUGAUGCUUCUCAGUCCGGUAGUGAUGGCCAUCGUGCUGCCACACUAGCUGCCCUCAACUCUUCGAGUCCGGACAAUCAACCUACGUCCCCGACGAGCGUAUCGUCGCCCACGACCGGCCGACCUCAGUCUCCAUUUGGGCUGCCACUAGAACAACCGCAUCCCGCAAGUUUACUAGCCCCAGGAGGAUCUUUCGCCGAUCAGAGGCCAGUAAUCAGGCCUCGCGAUUCACUCUUCCUCGCGCCUGGGCCAAACCAAGGCACCAUAGCUGAACCAUCCCGGACGGGUACGAUGGUCUCGACAGACUACGCCUUCAACCCGGAACAUCAAGCAGGAUACAGCGAUUCGCAAUACAUGCAGUACGAGGGCCAAAGUCGCUCGGGUACUUUACUGGACUCCCAAGGGUUUUUCUUGGAUUUUGCCGGCCAGCAAUCCUAUGACCAGGCCAACCCGGGCGAGUACGGUGGCCCACAAAGGUACUCGACAGGGGACGCAUUCUCGCCCACCGCUGCCACGGCGCCCCCAAUGUUGACUGCGAAUGACUUGCCGCCCCCGGACGCCUUGGAGUAUCAGAUGCCUCUCGACCCUAGAGAGCUUCCUUUUGCCAUUCACGAUCCCCACGACUCCAACACCCCCAUGUCAAAGUUUGACAAUAUAGCCGCGGUGUUACGACACCGCGGGCGCACGACGGCCAAGCUACCGGCUUACUGGGUGUUGGAUAGUAGAGGCAAGGAGAUUGCGUCAAUAACCUGGGAAAAACUGGCUUCUAGGGCUGAGAAGGUCGCACAAGUGAUUCGUGACAAGAGUUCGCUGUACCGUGGAGACCGCGUGGCACUCAUCUACCGCGAUACCGAGAUCAUCGAGUUUGCUAUUGCGCUCCUAGGGUGCUUCAUUGCAGGCGUCGUGGCGGUUCCUAUAAACGAAUUCCAGGAUCAUCAGAAGCUGAACCUGAUCCUAACGUCCACGCAGGCGCAUCUGGCGCUCACCACCGAAAACAACCUCAAGGCAUUUCAGCGAGACAUCACGACCCAAAAGUUAACGUGGCCCAAGGGUGUCGAGUGGUGGAAAACCAACGAGUUUGGCAGCUAUCAUCCAAAGAAGAAGGAUGAUAUUCCACCCCUUUCGCUUCCAGAUCUUGCCUAUAUCGAGUUCUCCCGGUCCCCGACUGGAGAUUUCAGGGGGGUUGUGUUAAGCCACCGCACCAUAAUGCACCAGAUGGCUUGCCUAAGCGCCGUUGUCUCGACGGUACCUGGGAGUGGACCAGCAGAUACGUUCAGCACCUCGCUAAGAGACAAGAACGGCAGGCUUAUCGGAGGUGGCGCCAGCAGUGAGAUCCUUCUUUCAUAUCUGGAUCCAAGGCAGGGAAUCGGCAUGAUUCUCGGCGUGCUGUUGACAGUCUAUGGCGGGCACACUAUGGUGUGGCUGGAGAACAAGGCCGUUGAUGUUCCUGGUCUUUACGCUCAUCUUAUCACCAAGUACAAGGCAACUCUCAUGAUCGCAGAUUAUCCAGGCCUCAGGCGUGCCGUAUACAAUUAUCAGCAGGAUCCUAUGACGACAAGAAACUACAAAAAAGGCAUGGAGCCAAACUUUCAGACAGUGAAGCUCUGUUUGAUCGACACAUUGACGGUAGACGGCGAGUUUCACGAGUUGCUCGCUGAUAGGUGGCUUAGGCCACUUAGGAACACGCGUGCUAGAGAAGUAGUUGCCCCCAUGCUAUGCUUGCCUGAACAUGGCGGUAUGGUCAUCAGCGUGCGGGAUUGGCUUGGAGGCGAAGAGCGCAUGGGCUGUCCGUUGAAGCUCGACAUGGGAGAAGAGAGUGAAGGAGAUUCAGAAGACGAGAAGGGGAAGGAAAAGGACGACAAGCCAGCACCGUCGAACGGGUUUGGGAGUUUGUUGGGUGGCGGAACAACGAGCACAACCGAACAGCGCGCUAAGAACGAGCUGAGCGAGGUUCUUUUGGACAGAGAAGCCUUGAAAAACAACGAGGUGGUCAUUGUCGCCAUUGGCGAGGAGGCUCGCAAGAAGGCAGGCAACGAUCCCAACACUGUUCGGGUCGGAGCAUUUGGAUACCCGAUCCCGGAUGCCACUUUGGCUGUCGUCGAACCGGACACGGGUUUGUUGGCGUCACCCCACGCCAUAGGUGAGAUCUGGGUCGACUCGCCAUCGCUGUCUGGUGGCUUUUGGGCUUUGCCGAAGCAUACUGAGCAGAUUUUCCAUGCCCGUCCGUACAAGUUCGAGCCCGGCGAUCCCACGCCCACGAUGAUUGAGCCCGAGUUUCUGCGCACAGGUCUGUUGGGAACUGUCAUUGAGGGCAAGGUUUUCGUCCUAGGCCUGUACGAGGAUCGCAUUCGGCAGAAAGUAGAAUGGGUCGAACAUGGCAACGAGAUUGCCGUCGAGCACCGGUACUUCUUUGUCCAGCACAUCAUCGUCAGCAUCAUGCGCAAUGUGCCCAAGAUCUAUGCCUGCUCGGCUUUUGACGUCUUUGUCAACGAAGAGCAUCUUCCAGUGGUUGUACUCGAGUCCGCGGCGGCUUCUACGGCGCCGGCGACGGCUGGCGGUCCGCCACGACAAAUAGACAAGGCGCUCCUCGACUCGCUGGCGGAGAGGUGCAUGGACGUGCUGCUACAAGAGCAUCACCUGAGAGUAUAUUGCGUGUUGACGACUGCUCCAAACUCACUGCCUCGUGUGAUGAAGAAUGGCCGCAGAGAUAUUGGCAACAUGCUCUGUCGUAGAGACUUUGACUCCGGUCAGCUACCUUCGGCUCACGUGAAGUUCGGGGUCGAACAUGCAGUCCUGAACCUCCCUAUCGGAGUUGAUCCCAUUGGUGGGAUCUGGUCACACCUCGCCUCAAUGGCUCGACAAGAUCUCCUGAUGCAUAAUGACAAACAAUAUUCCGGAAUCGACCGCAGAGAAGUGGUUAUCGAUGACAGAACCUCCACGCCCCUUAACAACUUCUCGUGCAUCACUGACCUUAUUCAGUGGCGGGUCGCCCGCCAGGGCGACGAGCUAUCAUACUGUACCGUUGAUGGUCGUGGCAAAGAGGGCAAGGGCGUCACGUGGAGGAAGUUUGAUACCAAGGUUGCAUCCGUGGCCAUGUAUCUGAAGAACAAGGUUAAGAUCCGGGCUGGCGACCACGUGGUGCUUAUGUACACCCAUUCUGAGGAUUUUGUCUUUUCGGUGCACGCUUGCGUCAAUCUAGGUGCCAUUGUCAUACCAAUACCCCCGAUGGAUCAGAACAGGCUGCCCGAAGAUGUUCCCGCCUUUCUACAUCUUGUCAAUGACUACGGAGUCAAGGCCGUGCUUGUCAACCAAGACGUCGAUCAUCUCCUCAAGAUGAAGCCAGUCUCGCAACACAUCAAGCAAUCGGCACAGGUCCUCCGGGUAACGGUCCCUAGCAUUUACAAUACAUCACGCCCACCAAAGCAGAACAGUGGGCUGAGAGAGCUUGGAAUCACCAUGGAUCCCACUUGGGUGCAGCCUGGUUAUCCUGUCAUUAUCUGGACGUAUUGGACACCAGACCAGCGUCGGUUGGCUGUCCAGCUGGGCCACGACACUAUAAUGGGCAUGUGUAAGGUACAGAAAGAGACUUGCCAAAUGACGAGCUCCAGGCCUGUACUGGGCUGUGUCAGGAGUACUACGGGCUUGGGUUUCAUCCACACCUGCUUGAUGGGCAUCUACAUUGGAACGCCCACCUACCUGUUAUCGCCAGUCGAGUUUGCCCAAAAUCCCAUCUCGCUGUUCCACAUUCUCUCGAGGUACAAAAUCAAGGACACCUACGCAACACCACAGAUGCUGGACCAUGCGAUUGCAACGAUGCCAGCAAAGGGUUUUGCCCUCCAUGAGCUGAAGAACAUGAUGAUAUCUUCUGACGGGCGACCCCGUGCCGAUGUCUUUCAAAAGGUCAGACUACAUUUCGCUGCCGUCAGCCUCGAUCGCACCGCCAUCAACACAGUUUACUCGCAUGUGCUCAACCCUAUGAUUGCUUCGCGGUCUUACAUGUGUAUUGAGCCGAUUGAGCUCUGGCUGGACACAAGAGCACUAAGACGCGGUCUUAUAAUACCCACAGAUCCGGAGGCGGACCCGAGAGCACUAUUGGUCCAAGACUCAGGAAUGGUGCCGGUAUCGACGCAGAUAGCGAUCGUCAAUCCAGAAAGCCGCUUACUCUGCAAUGAUGGUGAGUAUGGCGAAAUUUGGGUUGAUUCAGAGGCUUGUGUAAAGUCAUUCUAUGGAUCCAAGGAUGCAUUCGAUGCUGAGCGCUUUGAUGGUCGGACUCUCGAUGGGGAUCCAGGCAUCCGUUACGUGAGGACGGGCGAUUUGGGCUUUCUUUACAACGUCAGCAGACCUAUUGGACCUGGCGGUGCCCAGGUUGACAUGCAGGUUCUCUUCGUGCUUGGAAACAUUGGAGAGACAUUCGAAAUCAAUGGGUUGAGCCACUUUCCCAUGGACAUCGAAAAUACCGUUGAGCGCUGCCACCGCGCAAUUGUUCCUCAAGGCUGUGCCGUUUUCCAAGCUGGAGGCCUCGUGGUGGUCCUCGUAGAGGUUGCCAGGAAGUCGUUCCUCACCUCGCUUGUCCCGGUCAUUGUGAACUCCAUCCUAAAUGAGCACCAAAUCGUGGUGGACAUUGUCGCUUUUGUCACUCGCGGGGCUUUCCCUCGUUCUCGUCUUGGUGAGAAGCAGCGUGGCAAGAUUCUCGCCGGCUGGGUUUCAAGGAAAAUGGCUACGAUCGCUCAAUGGGCUAUCCGCGACAUGGAUGCAGGUGCUCUUCAGGACCCAGGUCCAGUUGACCACUCGCCAGCUGCUAAUGCUGCCACAGCAGAGCUCAACCGUGCAAGUAUAGGCAGCCAUCGAUCGUCCGGUGGCGGCACUGCUCUCCCCGGGGGUACAUCAAGCCUCAGAAAUGUGGAGGCAGCGCCACAGAUUCUGGAGCAGCGCGAGCUGGAACACCGUAUGGAUAGUGAAAGGGGCUCCACCGGCGCGACCUUUUCAUACAAGACUCAUGUGAGCGAGAUGCCUGUGAACUCUGCAUCUGGGAAUAGCUAUGGCAAUGCUGUGAGUGAGAACCGCAAUUCUGGGAUGCCUUCAUCGGAGGCAGUACCGACCAAGGCGCGCGGCAAUAGCUACGAUAUUCCCAAUAUAGGCGCUCUCGAUCUGGGCGAUUUGGAAUCGGAGAUGAGACAGCCACAUGAUGGCCCAGGAAACUCAUCGCAGCUACGGCUUUCCGGUAUCGAUGGACGUGGACCGCUUGACAACGAUGAUGAUUGGCGUAACGACGCCAUCAUGCAUAUGAACUUGGCAAGCAACCUGCAGAGGAGGGACGGAUAGGAUCUGCACUCCCCUGUAUCACGGUUCCCGGGCGUGGAUGGUCGAGAGUGGCUGGAAGAGUGCUGUGAAGGACACGUGUAGGGGUAGUGGAGCAAGAAAGAGCUCUGAUAUACAAGGAUCGGAUGCCAGUGUCACUUCAAACAUGAUGUGGAGUGCUCAGGGAUAUCCCCUCCAGAGACGGCCGGCUCAAGCACCGAAAGGAUGCAAGGUCUGGGGAGACGUGGAUAGAGUGAGGCAUGCCAACGGCGAUUUGCGACUGCCAUCCCUAUAUCAGCUCCAGCACCGGUGCAAUUUGCAGUACCCGUAUGGGGAAUAAGACAAGUGGCAGGAUCGAGUGAUGGCUCUUGGCGCACUCGGCGUGUUUGGAUCACAUUUGUUCACCCUAGGUUUUGCUCGGCUAUGAAAGCUCGAUGCAAUCCUCGCUGAUCCUAAUAUGCGGCAAGGGGUCGGGAUCCCUUCUGGGGAUAGCAAAGUGUCGUGGUUCUCUCGAGGUUUGCGCCUCAGCACAGAACAAGCUGAUAACUUUUGCCAGUUACAUGUGGCAUCCACAAUGGUAUGCCAAGCAACGCCAGGAUGAAACAGCAAUCCUGACGCCCGAUCAAUGCCCAGCCGUUCCAUGUUAGUCACUCGAGGGCGAUUCAAACCAUUAUCAUCAUCGCAGUUCAGGCUAUUGCCAUUGUCAGGUGGGAGUGCAGCACGCACGUGGCUGACGAUGAAUAUACCAGCUUCGCCAGCGCUUCAACAUGGAUACUAAAUCCAUGCGGCACUGGCCUGAUGUCGGUGUAAACCGCCGUUUUCAGAUAUGUGGCGUUGAAAGUAUAUAAGUUUAUGGGAAUGCCAAGUGAGGCACGACCUUUAGAACUCGGAAGACGAGUAAUGGACAUGUUAUGAAGAAGAAUGUUCUGGUACAUAACAACAGUACCCAACCUCUCGAGGCUUCGCCAAUUGCCAUAAGUAGUGACUUUGAUGUAGUGUCGCUCUGGACCAAGGCUAGGUUUUGGAGAGGUGUCGUACCAAUUGCGUAGGACAACUCAGCAGAGGUGUCUGAUAACCAAGACACAACAUGGUGUCUGGCAAGCUAUGCCGGCGCCCUCGUACACCCCAGCCGUUACACCGCCUUGGGUGUACUGAAUUCAUUGCCUUGUCGAGGUUGGGCCGGUCGUGUACCCGAUAGACGUGGGCGUCAAUGACUCCUCAUUCGUAACUGAUGUCGCUGUCCGAUACCUAUGCGAGGAACUUUGGAGGGCUUUCCAUUUGCGACUUUCUUUCUUUGUUAUCUCUCGGGGUUUCUCCCACGUAAACUGUUUUAGCCUCCUCGCUCAGACUGGGCAGGUGCAAAGCAUUCUAGUGCAUGAUGUAACGUAAGUUCAUGGGACGGUGUUUGGGGAACUCUGUAAUUUCGGCUUUCCCGUGGUGGAUGGGAUCAAGACAAUCAAAGCGUCACAUGAGAUUUGUGACAGACUUGGCCAAUGUACUCAAAAUAAGGUGCAUUAGUGACAGUUCGUCCAUGCCAGGGUCGGUAGUCAUGGUCGCGCGCUCUAGUGACAGCGCCCUGCAACCCAGCUUGAACCUCGGGAGUCGGGAUAAUCGGGGCCAAGCUUAUCCCGCGUCGCAUUACACUUACUUGGCGAUGCGAUGUCCGAUCGUGUGCAAUCCCAAUAAACAAGCAUCCACAACGGCGGGGCAAGCGUUCGUGACUGCAAAAGGAUCAUGAUCAUCAGGUGGUACGUAGGUAGUAUUGUGGCUAAUUAAUCCCUCGACGAACAAUAUAGACCUUCCCGUUUUGUGUUGAAAGUCCGGGCUAGAGAACGGGGUCUUUUGAGUCAAGCAAUCGCCGGAUUAAUAUUUAUUGUUGCCACCGUGAGAUACGGUACAUGGAUAAAUGCCCAAGGUAGUUAGGCAAGUUGUCGUAGUAUAUAUACAUACUGUAAGC